AUGGGCCUAUUCAUUCUUAAGCACGGCGCAGAAACCAACUCCCCUCUGUCGUCAGAGGGACCAGCAUUGAGUAGCCCCGGCUUCUACUCGACUUUCAAUAUUCUGUACCCUACGAAUCACCCAGCCCUGGCGCUCAAACCAACCGUCAUCACGGGGACCUACACAGAUCACCGAAGGUGGAUGGAGACGUAUCACGGCCACGUCCGCACCCCAGCGGACGCCAUCAUCCUCUUCGAAGCUUGUCGCAUUGGCCUUCUCCCCCGAGUACAACGACGACUGUCGGAAAAAGAACGUCAGUUAAUCCGCUCGGGGUCAGUUUUUGUCUGGGAUGAAAGGGAGGCGGGUAUGCGAAGAUGGACCGAUGGCAAAUCCUGGAGUGCGAGCCGGGUCUCUGGCAGUUUCCUAACUUAUCGCGAAAUGGAGGGCAAGCGAGGAGGAACUGGUGUGGCACAAACGACAAUGUCAAGAGGGGGAAAGACCCCAGAUAGUGCGCGAGGCAGCGACGACGAUCGGGGGGACGGCGUGGACGAAGGACCUGAUGGCUAUCGAUAUAAACCCGAUGGAUUGAUGAAACAGUCGUUCAGCAUCACCACCUCGACCGGACAGCAUCUCCAUCUCAUCAGCUAUUACUCAAGAUCGCACCCGUCUGCUGCCAAUCUCCAGCAACCUUCAACAGAUCCGGCCUUGCGACAUGUUCGACCCCAGAAGGGACUCUACCCAGAAUCUACGGUCAACGAUCAGCAGAAUCUUCCUGUCGUGACUCGUGGCCCCAUGGCCGGUGCAGCCUACGUAUCUCCUCAUCCGAUGGGACCGUAUGCUCGCGCCGCUGCUACGCAUGCUCCCCCAUACACGACGUCGUACACAUGGCCACCAACUCCCCUGGCCACGCCGCCUGUUCCGGUUCAUCACUAUCCCUCAUAUCUACCUCCAGUUCCGGCCGGUAGUCAUGUCGCAUAUUCUCAUCAUCAUCAUCAUCAUCCUGCGUCCUUACCACCAGGUACUCCUCUACCGCCACCUCCGCAGCCCCCCGGUUUGCAAACGCCCCACGAGCGACCAAUUCAUGCGGUUGAGGUUGCGAUGCCUCCGGCCUUGCCCCCAUCGUCUGUACAGAUGCUUGCAAGUCGGUCGCCACGCACACCAGUUGAAGCGCACGAGAUGCUGCAUCGAAGCCCGUCAGAGCUCGCACACCACGCGGAUAUUCGACGUGCGUCUCCACGCACGCAACCACAUCCUCUAUCACACAGCAACGGCCUUGGCCCGGCUGUGCGGAGCCCCCGGCUUUUGAACCAGCCUCCAUCCAACGCCAUUCAUAUCCCUCCCCCGAGUGCGGUGGUCUCCAAGCCUCUCGAGCCUAAUAGCUCCGGCAUUGCUGUACCCAGCAUUGGUUCCCUAAUGAACGGCGCACCGUCUGGCGGAUUACCCUCAAUUACCGCUCCUCCAGUUCCGGCAACAGGGCGAGCGGAGGGGCCCAAGGACAUCCCUAGCGAAAAGAUCGGAUUCGGUGGGGAAGAUAUGCGGGCUCUCAGACAACUUGAUCGAGUUUUCACAGCUUAA